AUGAGAACCUUUCUCUACUUCACAGCUGGUUUCGCUCUGACGACUCUGUCGAGUGUCGUUAGCUCAACGCAAGAAAGCAGCCGAUACCCAUCACGAUGUUAUCCUAAUCCCUGCGCCGGCAUUACGUUUCAGGACAACAAGUACAUCUGUGGAGACCCUCGUCUAGGACCAAGCUCACUCCCGUCUUUCUUCCCUCUAAGCACGGAACUGCGAACAUAUGCCCGAUUUGGUGACCUGUGUCCAUUCGAGUUUCUCCUCAAAUGGACUACUGAUAUCCGCCCCAACGGAACCUACAUCUAUCCGUCAGAAGAUGGGUUUGUGACGGACAUCGAAGGCAUCGCGAUCCGGGGUAAUGUGACUUUGCGGGUGGGACAGAAGAUCGAUCGAUUCGGUUCAGAGUCUGGGACCUUUUUGGCGGUUCUAGGUGCUCCGUACAUCGAGCGAGCGUUGCCUCCGACAAACCUGAAUACCGAAGACGGUUUUUUUCCCUAUGAUUAUCAUGUCUAUGAGGUUCUCAGACCGUUCGUGGUCAAGGCGGGACCUAUUGCUAGCUGGUUUGAGCAACCUGGCCUAGGAACCCAGUUCGCGGCUUAUGAUCCUAUCAUCGAUCUCAUUGGCGGCGGAUACAUCAGACGAAUGUACCUGUCCGAGUAUGAUGACCGAACAGACUAUGCCGCCGACUACCUGCCUGCUCCUAACACGACGUGAAGUUAAGACAUGGAUUGCAGG